UGUGGAGCACAGACAUGAGUCUGGAUGAAGAUACACGAUGGCUGGAAUGGGUCACCAAGCAGUUUGAGAGCAUCGCAGGAGAAGACAAAGAAAUCGACCUGGAUGAGUUUAAAACAGCUCUCAAAGUAAAAGAGUCGUUUUUCGCAGAGAGGUUUUUCGCCCUGUUUGAUUCUGAUGGAAGCGGCUCCAUUAGUCUUGAUGAACUUCUCAAAGCUUUGAAUCUUUUGAUCCACGGCAGCGAGACAGACAAACUGCGUUUCCUCUUCCAGGUCUAUGAUGUGGAUGGCAGUGGUUCUAUAGAUCCGGAUGAGUUGAAAACAGUUCUCAAGUCCUGUCUGAGUGAGAGUGCGAUCUCUCUCCCUGAGGAGAAGCUGGACGACCUGACGCUUGCCCUGUUUGAAUCUGCCGAUAAAGACAACAGCGGCUCCAUCACGUUUGAGGAGUUAAAGGCAGAGCUGGAGACUUUCCCGGAAGUUAUGGAGAACCUCACCAUCAGUGCUGCCAACUGGCUGAAACCUCCUGAUCUGGAAGAGAACAAACGUAAAACUCCUCGCUACCUGACGCGAGCGUACUGGCACAACAACAGCCGCAAGCUGUUCUUCCUCUGUCUGUAUGCCCUCCUCAACAUUCUCCUCUUUAUCUUUGCCAUGUUGAAGAAUGCACACGGCGGGCCCUGGUUCAUGUUGGCCAAGGGCUGUGGGCAGUGUCUUAACCUCAACUGCACUUUUAUUAUUGUUCUCAUGUUAAGGCGUUGUCUGACCUGGCUACGUGCGACCUGGGUGGUGAGGAUCCUGCCUUUAGAUCAAAACAUUCUUCUCCAUCAGAUCGUGGGCUACGCUACAUUGAUCUUCUCCAUUGUUCACACGGGAGCGCACGUCAUGAAUUUUGCUUGUAUGUCUCAGCAUGAUGGGGCGUUCCAGAUGUGGGAGUAUCUGCUCACCAUCCGUCCCGGCAUCGGCUGGGUUAAUGGAACCGCUUCCGUUACCGGUGUGGUUCUGCAGGUUCUCAUCUGCUUUAUGGUGGUGUGUUCCAGUACCUUCGUCAGACGCAGUGGCCAUUUUGAGGUCUUCUACUGGUCUCAUCUUUUAUAUAUUUGGGUUUGGGCCUUGCUGGUUGUUCACUGUGCCAAUUUUUGGAAGUGGUUUGUGGUGCCAGGUGUGCUGUUCCUCAUUGAAAAGCUGAUCGGAAUAGCGGUUUCUCGCAUGGGAGGACUAUACAUUGUUGAAGUAAACCUACUGCCCUCAAAGGUAACACAUUUGGUUAUCAAAAGACCUCCAUUCUUUCACUUCAAACCUGGAGAUUAUGUGUAUAUAAACAUCCCAGUCAUCGCCAAGUACGAGUGGCAUCCGUUUACCAUCAGCAGCGCCCCUGAGCAGCAAGAUACGCUGUGGCUUCACAUUCGUUCGAUGGGCCAGUGGACAAACCGCCUGUACGAGUAUUUCAGACAUCCAGAGAGCCAAGCCAUGAGCAACAAAAGGCUCACAGCCAGCCUGAGGGACAGACAUCACCAAAAGAGAGCACAGUCCACCAUCUGCAGUAGGACAGUGGCGUCUAAUAAAGACGAUGACGUUGAACUGACCCUGUACCAAUCGAGUGGAACCCGUACGGACUUGCAAAAGCCUGAUCCGGUGACCCAGGCGGAACUGGGAGACGUCUGUUUGGGUACCAGAGAACUCUCCGCAAAAUUAAGUGAAAAUCACAGAUAUUGUAACAUUAAGUGUUAUGUGGACGGACCCUUUGGCACCCCCACCCGACAGAUCUUUACGUCUGAGCAUGCGGUGCUCAUCGGAGCUGGAAUCGGCAUUACUCCAUUCGCAUCCAUUUUACAGAGCAUCGUGUGUCGUUAUCGCAUGAGAAAGCAAAACUGCCCAAAAUCCCCCAAUUACUCUUGGUGUGAGACUGUUAAAGACAAUGAGAUGAAGCUGAGGAAGGUGGACUUCAUCUGGAUCAACCGAGAUCAGAAAUCCUUCGAGUGGUUUGUAAGUCUCCUUACAAAGCUGGAGAUGGACCAGGCAGAUGUGGAACCAGAGGGACGGUUUUUGGAGAUGCACAUGUACAUGACAUCAGCUCUCAGUAAGAACGACAUGAAGGCCAUUGGUCUGCAGAUGGCUUUGGAUCUGUUGGCCAAGAAAGAAAAGAGAGAUUCAAUCACAGGACUUCGUACUCGAACUCAGCCGGGCAGGCCGGACUGGGCCAAGGUGUUCCAGAAGGUGUCAGAAGAAAAGAAAGGCAAGGUCCAUGUGUUUUAUUGUGGUUCUCCUGCUCUGGCCAAAGACAUCAAAGCUCAGUGUGAGCAGUUUGGCUUUAACUUCUACAAAGAAAAUUUUUAAACCAUGUUGACUUUCUGAGUUGUCUCCAAACUUUCCUCACUUGUUAUUGGUCACAACUGGUCCUCGUCUCCAUCUAUUCUGGUCCUGCCUUUGUCUCUGGACUUUGAAAUGAGUAACCAGAACAACGUUCAUAUUUUUAUUUUUAGCUUUUGUUUACGUUGUUGUGUCUGAUGAUGUUAACAUGCUUAAAUAACUAGAGCUUCUAUAAUAUAUGUUUUCACUUAUGUGUCUAUGUUUAAGUACCACCAAUAAUGAAUGUAAAUUGUCAAAAGGCCAUUUUGGUUAUUGAUCUGCAUCAUGUGCUAUUCUUUUAAAUGAC